GUGAUGCUGGCUGUUUCCUGCUUCUUCGUCUAUCCAACCGCUGCUGCUGGUGAUUUCGUAUUAGUUGAGGGCUGAAGCCACAGCGAGACGCAGAACGAGGACGUCCGUGGCUUAACACGGCAGAAACCCCGAGUCUACCCCACUGUAUUAUCCCAUCCAAAAUCACAGCAAUGCGCAGGAAAUCUAGGAUAUUAUUAUGUUUCGCUGUGCUUUGGGUUCUAGGCAUAGCAUAUUACUUCUAUUCGGGGACAACGCUGAGUCGAAAGGAUGACUGGAGUGGCAUUAAUUCAAACAGAAUUCAAUCACACAGCAAUGCUGAUGACAAAGCCCAUAGCCUAGAGACCCUUCCUCCAGGUAAGGUUAGGUGGCAGGACUUUGACCAGGACCUGUACGUGGGAGCUACAGCGGUGAGACCAGGGCAGGAUCCCUACGCCCGCAACAAGUUCAACCAGGUUGAGAGUGACAAACUCAGAAUGGACCGCAGUGUCCCUGACACCAGGCAUGACCAUUGCCGUCACAAACAGUGGAGGACAGAUCUUUCUGCAUCCAGUGUGAUUAUCACUUUCCACAACGAGGCCCGUUCAGCCCUGCUGCGCACUGUGGUCAGUGUGUUGAAGAAGAGUCCUCCUCAUCUGGUCAAAGAGAUCAUAUUGGUGGAUGACUACAGUGACAACCCUGAAGAUGGUGCUUUACUUGGGAAAAUCGAGAAAGUCAGAGUGCUACGGAACGAUCGUCGAGAGGGUUUGAUGCGAUCCCGAGUCAGAGGGGCGGAUGCGGCCACAGCCAGUGUACUAACCUUCCUUGACAGCCACUGCGAGUGUAACGAACACUGGUUGGAGCCCCUGCUAGAAAGGGUUGCUGAGGAUAAGACUCGGGUCGUGUCACCCAUCAUAGAUGUCAUCAACAUGGAUAAUUUCCAGUAUGUGGGGGCAUCUGCAGAUCUUAAAGGAGGUUUUGAUUGGAAUCUAGUUUUUAAAUGGGACUACAUGACCCUGGAACAAAGACGAGCACGGCAAGGAAACCCCAUUGCUCCUAUCAAGACUCCCAUGAUUGCCGGUGGCCUCUUUGUAAUGGAUAAGGACUACUUUGAGGAGCUGGGAAAGUACGACAUGAUGAUGGACGUGUGGGGCGGUGAGAAUCUUGAGAUCUCGUUCCGGGUCUGGCAGUGUGGAGGGAGUCUGGAGAUCAUUCCCUGCAGUCGAGUCGGUCAUGUCUUCAGGAAACAGCAUCCAUACACUUUCCCAGGGGGCAGCGGAACUGUUUUUGCCAGGAACACAAGGCGAGCGGCAGAGGUUUGGAUGGACGAUUUUAAGAACUUCUACUACGCUGCUGUGCCCUCAGCCCGUAAUGUACCCUAUGGCAACAUUCAGAGCAGGCUGGAAAUGAAGAAGAGGUUGGGCUGCAAACCAUUUAAAUGGUACCUGGAGAACGUCUAUCCUGAGCUACGGGUCCCUGAUCAUCAGGACAUAGCCUUUGGAGCAUUACAACAGGGUCAGAACUGUCUGGACACACUGGGACACUUUGCUGAUGGUGUGGUGGGGGUUUACGAGUGCCACAACGCAGGGGGCAAUCAGGUACCAAUCAGAUCUCAGGAAUGGGCCCUGACUAAAGACAAAUCAGUCAAACACAUGGACCUGUGCCUGACGGUGGAUCGCACCGCUGGCUCACAGAUCAAACUGCAGGGCUGCAGGGAGAACGACAGCAGACAGAAAUGGGAGCAGAUUGACAACAACUCCAAACUGCGGCAUGUGGGCAGCAAUCUGUGCUUGGACAGCCGGAGCGCGCGGAGUGGCGGCCUGACGGUGGAGGUGUGCAGCCCGUCGCUCACCCAGCAGUGGAAGUUCACUCUCAACCUCCAGCCGUAGCUUGUCACGCCAAUCUCAGCCCUCCCAUUCUCGCCCUCGGACAGCCCGUGCUGGGCAUGCACUCGCCCCUCAGAGAUAAUUGCUGCCCGGAUACAGACUCAGGGCCGCCACGAUGCGGUUCAGUGGUCCUUGAGGGCCACGGGGCAAUGAAAACACAAACAAGAUGAUGAAUAUUUCCAUCUAACUAUAUACCUCACUGUUUCAUCUGUUGUCCAGCUCUUGGAAGUGAAUCUUAAGUGUCUAAACUGUAUCGAAACCGGUUUUUUUCUUCUUCUUGUUUUCCGAUGCAAAGGAUCUGUUUUUCUUCUUUCCUAAUUUUCACCUUUUCAUGUCUCAUUUUCUUGAAAUCCAGGAUUUAUUUUUUAUUUUUUAUUUUUUUUUUUUUUACUAAGGACAUCUUUUGUUGUUUUAUUUUUUUUUGUCACGUUACCAAAAUUGUUGAAUGUAAAUGACAUGUUGUAUGGAGGCUCCCUUCAUGCGCUGUGAUUGGACUGGAUUCUAGUUUGGGUUUGGUUUAAUUUCUGAGCUCAUGGGAUUGAGGGGAGGGCUCGUUUGUUGUGUGCACCGUCUCAGACGCACUUGGACUGUGGAGGACAGCGGCAGCCUUGUGUUUUUCGGCUUGCGGUGCUCAUGCAAAAAGAGCAGGAAAAAAAGAGCGACCUUUUUUGUUGUUUUCUAGAUUCUGUUAAAUUGUCAAUCUGUUUGUUUCUGUUAAAGGUGCAAUGUGUAAAGAUUCAAGCCGCUUCCCUUAAGGGCCCCUGGUGUGUUCUGAAGGAGAACGAGACAUUGUAUAGAGCGUGACUGCUUGAUUCACAUACUGUAGCACUGGCUGCUAACAAAUCAGUAUCUAAAACAUGUCUUCAAACACCAACAACUGUUUCUCAGCCACUUUUGUCACACUAUUCAUUUAUUUCUUAAUUCUAUGUAGCCUUUUUUUCUUCGCCAAGUGUAUUAUGUCAAAUAAUCAUGUUAAUAACCUGGUAACUCCAAGCAGAGGCUGAUCAGAAGCUCUUGUCCUGCUUUCUUGGAUUUCGAGCAAAGUUGGAUGUGUAUUACUCCUCAUCUUUGUGCAGUACAUGAUCUGGAUCAUAUCAUGGGCAUUAGGAAAGCUUCUUUCCUGCAUCCUUUAAGUCCUGGAUGUUUUAUUCUCAAGAUCAGUUAUGAUCCUCAGCAGCUAUGGCCAAACAUGGCACAUCAUAUCACUACUUGAGCAUCCUCUUUCUAUGGUUAAAAGUUGCUGCCUUUGUUAUCCAUGAUACUGUAAGGAAAAUGUGUGUGUGUGUGUGUGUGUGUGAAUGGGUUUCUAAGCAGCUUUCAAAGAAGUGUGCAUUAGAGAAGCAUCUGAACUCACAAAGAAGAAACGUAACACUGUUCGUGAGUGUCCUUUUAAUUAGCAUCUUAUUCAUGCCCCACAAAUACUUUUUCACAUCCAAACCUUGUGAAUCUUUAUGGUACUUCAGUUGAUUUUAACAGAACUAGUGUUACUGUAAAUCCAACAGACAAAAAAGCCUGUGAUAUGUGAAACAGAUCAGUUAACCCACCUGCAUUUCAUGUAUAAUGCCGUAGCAAUUCUGACUAACUUAUUGUAGGCUAGGGAAUCCUGACUAAAUGAGUCCCUGACUGGCUUUCAGUCAACUCUCCUCAUGUAUCAGCAGUAAGUGUUAUGUUAAUCUUAGACUUGCAUAUGUUGGGUUUGUCUGCACCACCCUAUAUUGUCCUAUAAAUAACAGUUCUCCAUCAGUGAGUAUGAAGACGGUAAAAGUCUCUACGUUUCAGAGUCUGGGUGGAGAUUAUGUGGCCUUUAGGAAGAAAAUUGUUCCACCUACCUGCAUUUUGUUCUCUGCAUUCUGUAGCUUCUUGGGGUUCCUGUAGUCAAUGAUUUUUCUGGACAGGAAAGCAGAGGUAGAUGUGGACUGCACUUUUGCCAAUGAAUCACCUUUCUCCAGUUUAGAAGAAGCCAAUGAAAUGAUGUAAAGUUUGGGCUUUGAAUGAUGGGCUUUUUAAAGAACUCAACCAGAUUCAGAGCAAUACAUUAUGGCUAAUUUUGGAAUUGGAUGAAAUGUUUACAUAGCACAGUGUGCCAAAGUCAUUUGCCGUUUGACUGAAACAUGGAAACACUUCUAUUCCAGACUAGGACAGUUUCAUAGUAAAUGAAGGACAUGUGACCCCACCUUUUAUGUCUCUUUGGUUUCCUUAAAAGCCAGUUUUAGAAAGAUCUUGAUGUUGCAUUAAAUGGCAAAGGAAACCGCAUGGGGUCAACAGUAAUAGUGUAUAUGUGUGUAUAUACAGUAUGUAUGUCCAUGCAUGUACAGUUACACAUUCAGUUGCAAUUAUAGUGAUUUGGUCAACUGUACAGCGCUUGUAUUUGUUCAGUGUUUUAUAGAUAUUGCAAAAGUUUCAAUGACGAAAAAUAAUUAACUUAAAAAAAAUAAAUAUAAUAUACAUA